GUGUUACAUAAAAAGUUUUUUUUUCUCAAAUCAUAUUGAGAAAUUGUGCUGAAUAAUAUCUGGGAUUUGAAUAAGACCACAUUUUUCAAAAUUAUCAAACAGAUUUUGGAAGAUUGGAGCAAAACUUGAUGCAAAAAAAUCCAUACAGCUUUUUUUAUUUUAAUGAAUCAGUUUUCUGGUUGUAGCAAAGCAGAACGAAUGUGUUGAUAUUAUAAAGCUUUCCACCAUCUACAUUCUGAAAUAGUACGAGUUGCUUCUAGUUUAUUGAUCUGAUAUUUAAAUGAGGUCCAGUUCUAUAUUUUUUACCUUUAGGGAGCUGCUACAAGGCUUGACUUUUGAGCCCAUUAGUUUAAGCAUGAUCUCAUGCUCUCUGGCUGAAGUGUGGGCCAAUCAGAUUAGCCUGCUGUGUGCAACGCUGGGGGGGUUACCUUGAAGGCUGAGAGAGCAGUUCCUCCCUUCAUCUGUGACAGAUAGUCAGCAGGAACAGAAAGUAUCAACAUCUUCUUGAAGCUCACGCUCACAUCUCCUCACACAGCUGAACUGACAGUGACAGGAUGAUCCCGCUGGGCCCCGCUUGGAUCCUGGUGACAGUCUCAGUCUGGACAUUUGGUUCAGUUGAGGCCCUGCCAAGAAAAGAUUUUAAAGUUCUCUACCCCCCUAUCAACAGCAACGAAGCGGUUGACUGUCAUUGCGAUCAAUGUGACUACGCCCUCUGGUUCCGCACUGUUCCUGGCGGCAGUAAAGUAGAGUUCCUGGGCAGAUGCAACAAUGCGGAUCGCGUUACCGGUCCGUUUGCAGAAAAUAAACGAUUCAAGUUCAGCAGGAAGGGUCUUUCCUUUGAGCUUCGCAUCAUCAAUGUGACAGCAGAGGAUACUGGGAUCUAUUCCUGUAUCCUGGGAGACAACAAGGUCAAAAAUGAAAUGUUUUGGCCUGGAGCGCUCCUUCUGCCAGGAGUGAGCCCCCCGACAUUGCCUCCAACUACAACCACUAAGAAACCAGUCCGACCCCUGCCAUGUCUCUGCAUUGAGACUUUUGAGGGCUGCGACUCCCAAGUUCUUUGGCCGCUGGUUGGAGUUCUGGCGGGCUUGGCCCUGACUAUUUUCUGCACUCUGUAUUACUUCAGUCGGCUUCCAAAGAAGUGUCGCCACAACUUUGUGAAGAAGAGGCCAAUGUCCUAAAUCCUUUCAUCUUUAUCAAUGAUUUGAACGUGCUGAUGCUCUUCAGCGGAGUUGUGUGGAUCCAGAACGACGUGAAGAUCCGCUAAUAUCAUGUUAAAUAUGAUGUUUUCUCACACAGCAGCCAUGUAACAGGAUUUUGCCUCUACUUUUUAUUCAAAUGUGAUUGCAGAUCAGUGUUUGGAUCAUCUAAAUCUAUGUGUUUUUUUUACUUAAGGAAAGCUUUUCAGGAUUGAAAAGAUUGUGGAUCUUGAGGUUUCACUCCGGCUUAUAAAUCUGGUAAUCUUGUAUCUAAAGAUGAUAAAAUUCUUUGAAGUAUAAUUUUAAGAUUUAGAAAAAAUGGGCUGAAAUGCUCACUUUUUUAAAUUUUCGUCCAUUCUUUGUAUUUAUAUAUAUUUUUGUCCAUCACUGUGUUACAGGAAUGUGUUUUGUCACUCAUGUAUGUCAGAGAGAAAGUGUGUUUCUCUGUAAUUGUAAAUCUGUUUAAUAAAGUUGCCUUAUUUCAAUCA